AAAUAACUAAUUGUGUUUUGGAAUUUGUUUUGUGCAGAUGACUGAAACAAACAUUUAAACCACCGAAGUUGGGUAGGUUGUUGCAUCUAUAGACAGUGAAAAAUAAUGUUCAUAGCAAAGGUGCGAGUAGCAAGAACAACAUUAGGACGACUUCUGUCGGCCGAACUAACCUGUAACAGCUCAACAAAACGAGACACUAUUAUCAAAAAUACUUGCACAUCUACCUCAGCGAAAGAAAUGGCUGACGAGGAGAAAAUUGUUCGUCGAAAUCCACACGGUGACUUUAAGUCCAUUGAAGCGUCACGUCCAGCCUAUGAUAAAUCUGCAGAAGUCUAUUUCACACAAACACAUUCACCGAACUGGAAACCGGGUGAUGGUAGCAAUGAUAACGGUGAAUGUUUGCAGAAGAGUCACAUUGCCAUCGAUCCACAUGAAGAUGGACGACCGUCUGUCUACAAUUAUAAACUGUUGAUCAGCGCCAUCGUUCCAAGACCAAUUGGUUUUAUAUCUACACGCAGUGCUGAUGGCAGCAGCACGAAUAUUGCACCAUUCAGUUAUUUUCAAACGGUCAAUCAUGAUCCACCAUUGUUUGUUGUUUCAUUUUCUGGUGGACUGGAGCAGGCAAAAGAUACGUUGCGUAAUUUAGUAGAGACAAAGGAGUGUGUAAUUAAUAUCGUAAGUGAACAUUUCAUUGAGGCGGCGAAUGCAACGUCUACGAAUGCACCGUAUGGUGUUUCUGAAUGGGUUUUGUCCGGAUUAACUCCGGCAGAUUGUUGUCGUGUCAAAUCAUCGCGUGUCAAAGAGGCUAUUUUCAGCAUUGAAGGGAUUUUGGUCGAAACGAAAGAGUUUGAUAGUAGAGCUGUUCCUGGAAAAAAAUCGGCUGUUAUGGCAAUUAUCGAAGGAGUUCAGUUUUGGGCUAGAGAAGAUGCUAUCAAUGAUGAAAAGAACUUGAUCGAUCUUAAGGUACUGAGACCAGUUAGUAGAUUUGGUGGUAUCAUGUACGGUCGAACGACACAACCUUUUGAAAUUCCUCGACCAGAUUACAACCAGUUGAUCGACGAAUUCGGUGAUGAAUUGGCGAAACCGAAGGCUGAUGGACAAUAAACCAGUUUUGAACUGGGAAUUACAAUUUCGUAAGAAUAUUUUGGUUAUAUUUCCAGUCUACAAUUUCAGUGAUAUAACAAUUGAUUCAAUUAAUAAAUAAAAAAUAAAUUUACAUUGGAAA